AUGUCGACUGAGCCCGCCUGCAGGCUGGUGGAACAAAAACCCACCCCACCGCCUUCUCCCACUUUGAAGGAUCCAUGGAGGAAAAUAGUCUGGGGAGACAAAGAGAGGGAUCUCCAGUAUGUGAAGGAUUAUGAGCCUGAAAACAACGACAUUAAACACAUCCGAAUCCUUCUGUGCGGACCAGUCGGAGCUGGAAAGUCCAGCUUCAUCAACUCUGUCAGCAACGUCCUACGAGACAGAAUGACUAUUCCUGCUGCAGCCAGUUCAACUACCUCUGACAAAAGUUUCACCACAAGAUAUGAAACUCAUAAAAUAAUAAAAGGAGGAGGAAAGUCAAAGACAUAUUAUCCUUUCAUCUUCAAUGACAUCAUGGGUCUGGAGAAAGGGGAUGGAGUUCGUGUUGACGACAUCAAACUGGCCCUGAAAGGACAUGUGAAGGAGGGAUACAAGUUCAACCCUGCAUCUUCACUCUCUGAUGGUGAUCCAGGCUAUAACCCUCGUCCAUCUCCAGAAGACAAAGUUCAUGUUCUGGUUUGUGUGCUUUCUGCUAAUGCGGCGGAAAUUCCAGACUCAGUUCUGAAGAAAAUGGCAGAAAUCAGAGAGUUAGCCAGUGACCUGGGGAUUCCCCAAAUGGCAAUAGGCACCCACAUUGAUUUAGCCUGUCCUGAAACUGCAAAGGAUCUCAAGAAUGUGUACAAGAGCAAACACCUGAAGAAAAAGGUAUACGACUUCAGCGCAGCAGUGGGAAUCCCAGUGAACUGCAUAUUUCCUGUGAAGAACUACAGUGAUGAAAUCGACAUCAGUGAUGAUGGCAACACUCUGAUCCUGAGUGCACUGACAAAAAUGAUCGACUUUGGAGACGACUUCAUUGCCAAAUCCAUUGAAAAAAGAUCCAGAAUGUAUGAAUGUCACAUAAUGUAAAUACAGUUCAUCUGCUGAGGGUGCAAUGAACAACAGCAUUCAAGUUCUCUUAUCAGUGCUGCAUAUUUACAAUGUCCAAAUUAUUCUGCUCAAUUCUAGAACCCCACAUGCAUCUGACAAUUUUAAACAGGUGAUGGAUGCAGGCCCAUUCUUAGGCUCGUUAAAGACUUCCACACCUUCAAAUACCAUCCCGACGUCCUAUGGUGGCUGGAAAGGAUCCUCCUCCCCCCUUAUGACACAGACAAUACACACCUCUCGGGCUGUUUCAGCUUGAUUGGAUUGAUUAGAAAAUAUAUUCUGAUUAAACCUGAGUCUAGCGUACCAAUAUAAAAAAAAAUGUUUACCCAAUCAAAUUUGUAUUAAAAAUAAAUUUAAUUGGGGGUUCUUGUGAAAACAUAAUGACUUGCAAAGUCCCACAGAUAAUUAAUGGCAGUUCUUUCAAAUAUUUUUCUCAUAGCAAACAUUUGACUUUAUCGCAAGAAAGUAUUGGUACAAGUAUUACUAAUAUCCUCCAUAUCGUUUUAACAAAAAAAAUGUAAUAGUACAAUCCAGUUGAACAUACUUCUAUAGAUGCCCUAUACUUUUAAAAGAUACAACUGCCUUGGGUCUUCAUAUUUUCAUUAAUUUCAGAAUUUGGCCACAGCUUGGUAUUUUACACAAUACAAUAAUGGGAAAAAAAUCUAUUUAAUCCAUUUAAAACACAUGUGGCAACUGUAUAAGCCUUUUCUAAUUAUCUCAACAACUACUGUAAUAUAUUCAUCAAACUUCUAGGAACAUGCUAUGCUUCAUACAGCAAUAUAACAGUAAUAAUGACUGUCACAACAUUAAAUAUUAACAUAACUUAAAUGAACAGCAAUAUGCAAAUGUUGUAUUUUAAUGCAUAAUAUGGAACACAGGUGCUGACAGUGUGACCUACUCACAUUUAAAAAUUGAGCCACUCAUCAUCGCGUUCAAUGUUAACCUCAAACUCUGCCAUUUUGUUGUUCUCUUCUUCUGUUCUCUUUACUUCUUGCUCCUACUUCACCGGUAGGCUCUUCCGGCAAUAGAUCUACAACUAAUAGUAUUUCACAAUGAGUGCUUGAACUUUCUUCAUGUGACUUUACUGGUAUCAGACCUGAUGAUACAUAAGACAAGGCAAGGCAAGGCAGCUUUAUUUGUAUAGCACAUUUCUGCAGCAGGGCAAUUCAAAGUGCUUUACAUAAAACAUUAAAGAGCAGUAAGAAACAAUAAUAAGAUCAAUCUCUGGUUUGUUGUUGUUCAGCAGAGUCAAAGCAUCAGCUGUAAUAUUUGGGUUUUUAAUCUGCUGGGUGCAUUGACUUGUGUUGUCUAGACCUUCUCUAUCUGGAAAGGGUCCCAAAAUAACUCCUGUUAAAUGUAUAAAUAAAGUUGAAUUGAAUACUGGAGCAAUUUCAAAGAUAGUUGUUCCCAUCAGUCCUAGAAACUAACCUUUAACUCCACUUACAGAGACCUGAAACAUAACAAUGUGUUGUAAUGCAGUGAUUAAUAUUUUAACCACAAGAAAUACAGCAAGUAAAUACUUGUUUAAUAAAAAUCAGUUCUUGUGCAAGUUUUAACAACUGUGAGAAAGAGAAGUGUUUGCUUCUAUAGGAACAACACUUGCUAAAGACUGACAGUGUUCUUGGCAGGAGUUUAAUUAAGAAGUUUGUAUUUAAAACAAACAGCUUUACUUGAACACACACACACACACACACACACACACACACACACACACACACACACAGACACAGAUCAGACCAGAUCAGACCCCUGAAAUAAACCCUGAUCCUGGUCUUCUGCUGCUACUCUCUCUGGUCCCCGUAUGAGGCGUGUGCUGAGGUGUGAUGGAGUUCAUUUGGUUGUUAAAUGUCAUUAAGUCUGUAAAGUGUAUCCCAGACUGACAUACCUGUGCAUAGGCACAGGAAGUGAUGGUGCUGCACCACCCCCUGGUGGCGAAGCUCUAAAACUGUGAUGAUAAUAAAAUUAUAGCUUAUAAAUAUC